CACUACUGCACACUACACUACUGUUGAACACUUAAUCAGAAAUAAUGAGCAAUAGGUGGAAUAUAUGCAUUGAAUCAUUUCCAAAUCAUGACAGCUCAAUCAACGAUUCCCUAAGUGAGAGUAAAAAGGUGCUACCAGUAUCUAACAGAAGUUAUAAUGAUGAAAAUGACUAUCGUUCAUCAACUAUCUAUCCAUCUGUCAAUCGACCAGUGCUAAGGUCUAUUAAUGACUAUUCACCAAAUACACAAAGCUCUAGACAACCUGAUAAUCGUCCAAUACAAAUAAUACGAUAUGUUUCAUUGUCAAAACUUCCAACAACUGAAGAUAAAUGUUUUCAAACUUUAACUAAUGACCAACUAGAAAGACAAUAUUCUUUAAGCACUCAAGCUAGUUCUCAUUCAAAUAUCUCAUGUAAUGAAAACUUUGAAAAUUGUAGAAAUCUUCGACGAUAUAAAUCAGCGAAUUCUUUUAGUCCACAUAAAGUGAAUUGGCAAGAACCCGUAAAAUCACCUAUGAUUGCACCUAGAAAUACAUCUCCACCACCUUCAAGGAGAAAAGACACCUAUGAUAAGAGUGAUUAUGAUGUUCACAUGAAUAGAAAUAAAGAGGUGAUACAACCAGAAAUAUGCAUAAAAUCGAAACUUUCACAAGGAGCAAAACAUUAUAUUUGUAUUGCACAUGAAAGAAAUUCAACAUAGUACUUCCUAUUCUCUACCAUCGAUAUGUUCUUGAUCUGAUUCAAUCGAACUGAUGUCCAGCUAUCAAAGGAAC